AACGAGAAAACGCAACUACAGCGAGUUAGAGUGACGCGCGAAGGAAAAGCGCUAUUAGAGAGUGGCAAUCGAGUUCAGAUGUGACGCGAACGACCCACUGAUUCGUGAUUCACCCACUGUGAGCAGAUUCAGAUUCAAGCAGCAAAGUUUUGGAAAAGAUGGCUGUGGAUGGGGUGAGAUUGGAGCAAAGGCAUGGCAAAGCGAGGGUUAGAGUUGGGAGAGUUUGGAGAGAGCCGUGCGGACGGCAUCAUUUCGUCGAAUGGAAUGUGAGCAUCAGCCUUCUCUCCGAUUGUCUCCCGGCCUACACUGAUGGCAACAACUCCGAUAUCGUCGCCACAGAUACCAUGAAAAACACGGUGUAUGUGAAAGCUAAAGAAUGCAAUCAACCUCUUUCAUCAGAGGAAUUUGCCAUUGUACUUGGCAAGCACUUUACAUCCUUUUAUCAGCAGGUUACUGCUGCUAUAAUUAAUAUAAUUGAGAAGCCAUGGGAGCGCAUUUGCAUAGAUGGUCAACCACAUGAACAUGGUUUCAAGCUUGGAUCUGAGAAGCACACAACUGAAGUGAUAGUGAAGAAGUCUGGCGCACUGCAGAUUGUUUCUGGUAUUGAAGGAUUGGCAGUGCUGAAGACAACACAAUCUGGUUUUGAAGGAUUCAUCAGGGAUAAGUACACAAUAUUGCCUGAAACACGAGAGAGGAUGCUGGCAACAGAGGUCACUGCAUUUUGGAGGUACCCUUUUGAGACUCUUGCAAGUAUCCCUGCAAAAGAAUUAUACUUCACGGAGAAAUAUAUGGAUGUGAAAAAGGUUUUGAUUGAAACUUUCUUUGGUCCUAUUAAAGGAGGAGUAUAUAGUCCAUCUGUUCAAAGUACUCUCUAUUACAUGGCAAAGGCCGUGCUUGCCAGGGUUCCUGAUGUGUCAUCAGUUAAGUUGAAAAUGCCAAAUCUUCACUUUCUUCCAGUCAACUUAUCAAGCAAAGAUAAUCCAGUAAUUGUAAAGUUUGAAGAUGAUGUAUAUUUACCAACGGAUGAACCACAUGGAUCGAUCGAAGCCACCCUCAGUCGCAUUCACUCAAAGAUGUGAAACCUGCUGCCCUGUUACUGUAGAAAGAACUUUCCUGCCAUUGUCAAGGGGAACUAUUAUCAAAUUGCGGUCUUUUCCCUUUAAGCUCGCGAUGCGUUGAUAAUCUUUUGAAACCCACACCUCUUUCGUAGUGUUUCUCAUGGGAUAAUCAACUGUGCGUAGCCUUCUUCUGAUCUUUGUAUUCACUGUAGAAUUUCGUGAAGGUGGGUUUCGUUUCUGUGUGUGCUAUUAAUAAUUUGCGUCUUCCCUGCAGCAUGUAGAUUGAUUUUCUUUGGAUAAUAGUUUAUAGGGGACGUUUGUAUUUUAGAUUGAACUAUAUACGAAGGUGUACUACUCCUUACAUGUCUUUUAAAUCUAUCUAUACUAUAUAUAAAAGUAUAAUC